UCUUCACAAAAACUUACACCAACACACUCUCCCAUACAUUCUUCUUUGAAAAUUUGCUUGAAAUCACCAAAACAAAUCUCCUUUGCUUCCUUAAGAAAUGGCAAUGUCAAGGAACCUUAGUCUUUUGCUUUAUGUCACUUUGAUGCUUAUUGCAUUGACAGCAAACCAGGCUUAUUGUCAAUCUUCUCAACCACAAACCCAAAGUGGCCACUCACUGUACGGUGCGUCACAAGGAAGCCUCCAUCCUCAAGAAUGUGGACCUCGGUGCACAAUGAGAUGCUCAGCCACAGCAUACAAGAAGCCGUGCUUGUUUUUCUGCAACAAAUGCUGUGAUAAAUGUCUGUGUGUCCCACCUGGUACGUACGGCAACAAGCAGCUCUGCCCUUGCUACAACAACUGGAAGACCAAAAGAGGCGGCCCUAAAUGCCCUUAAUUUUAUUAUCUUCUCAACUACUCUUAUAACUAAGUAUUUAUUGCUUCUACUUCACAACUUCACUAGUUGUAGUAGUAGUAGCACUAGUAGCAUAGUAUGUACUUCCUUCAUAUCUAACUACAUAUUUUAAGGUCAUUUUUAGGAUCUACUACUACUACCCGAGAAAUGAUGGAACCAUGUACCUAAGUUGUGGUUCAUUCUAUUGAUGCAUCGAUCAAUUUACAUGAUGUAAUUCGAUUAUAUUGUAAUGUAUGUUUGUUUUACGAAUUAUAUGUAAUAAAUAUACUAUAAUGUAAUGAAGUUAUCCAAGUUGCGUACUCGUAUUACA